GUGAAUGUGAGUGAAGAGGAAGUGGUCCAUAAGACUCAAUGGCAGUGCCAUAAUUGCAAACUCUGUUCUGUUUGUCGCCAAACCGAUACCAAUGAAUACGUUAUCAUAUGUUUGACUUGUAGUAAAGGAUUUCAUGUGAAGUGUCACUCGACUCCUAUCAUUAACAAACCGAAGGGGAACUGGUAUUGUCAGAGCUGUUGCAGCAAAAGGUCCACUCAUUCAUCUCAACACACAAACGGAUCGACUGAUAAAAAGACUGUUUUAUAUGCAUCGGACGACUCGUCACAAUCGGCUGAAAACGACAGUACAGUCAACACUAGAGAGUAUAAGAAUUUUAAGUUAUUUACUGAAAACGAUUCCAAUUGCGAGACCAAUGAAAAGGAUAGAAGUGUUUCCGGCGAUUCUUCCACUUCUCUAAAAGAUAUCAAAAAUAAUAAAGAAUUCAACGAAGAAGUCGGUGACAAUCAGAACGACUCAAUCAGUGAGAAUAUGGAGAUAACGAAUGGAAUCCAUUGUAUUAAAGAUGAAAACAAUGUCGAAGAAGAAGAAGAAGCCAAUGAAGUGGACGGCGAGUCGAAAGCUCUGAGUGAUUGCAACCAAAGCCUCAACACAACAGUGACUCCGCAGAAGUGGUCUGUGGAAGAAGUGGAGUCAUUCAUACGCGACGCUGGCUUUCCGUCGGAGUCACAGAUAUUUAAAGAGCAAGAAAUCGACGGCAGAUCUCUAUUAUUGUUAAGACGAAUGGAUGUACUGACGGGACUGUCACUGAAAUUAGGUCCGGCUCUCAAAAUAUACAAUCAUAUAUCGCGUCUUCAGGGACGCAACCCUUCACACCCAUCACACGCCGCACAACCAACCACUAGGUGUUAACUUCUACCUAACCUAUACCUGUAUAUUAGUAACACAUUUCUAGUGACAA